AAUUGGAUGCAGGAUGCAGUCUGCAGUCAAGGAAAACCUCAACAGUCACCCACCAGCACCACCACCAUCUCCACCAUCACCACAACCACCACACACCAUACAGGAGACACACGAGAUCAGAUCCACAACCACAGAUCACCCACCAAGAUCAGCCGGAUCAACUCAACCGAGCAGAGCCGGCAGGGAGACUACGCUUCAUUUGCAUUCGAGACAAAGUUAACAGCAGCAGAGGACCAGUCCCGGCCAGACCGCAGCUGCAGCUGGCGCUGGACCGGAUCCCGCCAUGCCCUGUCCCGGUUGCCUGGACAGUCCCCCACACAACAUGAAUAAAUAUGAAUAAACUUGGAACCCUUUUCUAAAAAACA